AAUACAUAAGCUACUGUGGGGAUUUGCAUGCCAUAGUGCAGGUGCACUGUGGCGCCAAACGGGUUCUCCGUCCUCGUGCACAUAGAUGCACACGCACAGUGCACACAUCUCUUCAAAUAACAACCGUUAGGACUCUGGAUAGUUGAAGAAAAGACUCCUCUGGCUGGAUAAACAUGAGCGAAUUGGCAGGAUUCAACAUUGAGGACAUGAUUAAUUUUACACCAAUGAAUGGAGGUGGAGGAAUGCUGCAAGAGCCUAAAGUUGAACAGUUGAUGGGCAAAUUAAGAAGGCUACAACAAGUACAAACUGAAGCUUACCAACUGGAAGGAAUCCAUAAAGAAAAAGAAGAGUUAUGCAGGAAGCUGCAGUUCCAGUGUGAGGAGUCUGAGCAGGACUCUUCCAGGCAAUUGAAGCAGAACAAGAAAAGUGAGGAACAGCUGGAAGAGUACAGAUGUGAAAUCCAGGAAUUAAAGCUUAAACAUCGGAAGCAGCGGAUGAAGUUUGAAAACCAGCUUCAUCAGCUUAUAGAGCAGCAUAAGAAUCUGCACUCUGUCUUUACUCCAGAAAGGCUCCCUAAAGAAAUAGAGAGUGCCGGAAAUACAAAAAGUCAACUAUUAUCAGCUGAACAAAUUAAGUUGGCUCAGUUGCACCGCCUCGAUGAGGAGCUAGAAGAGAUGAAGAAACAGAAGCAGCCAGUGACAACAGCUGCAGAGACUCAGGAGGAGUAAAACUGUUCGUAGGUCAUUUUAAAGAAUCAGAGGUAAUAGUCUUGAUUUCAGUUAGAUGCACUUUGAUCACUUCUUGUCAAGUGAAAACCUCAAAUCUUACAAAUGGCAGCUUCUGGGUUUCAUCAGUCCAAGUGCUACAGAAUCCUUCCUAACCUGUAUGGCAACGUUUUAUUAACAGAAUUAUAGUCACAACUUCAAUUACAAUUUAUAACAGUGACAUCUAAGUAAAAUGUUUGCCUACCAAACUAUGUUAAUUUCUGUGUCCUUGGCUACUUUUCUGUAACUACUUAAUGCUUUUACAUCAACUGUUCUGUAAUGCAUGGGUUUGUUUAUGAAACCAGAAAUAGUUUACAUUGUUACUGGUAAAUUGUGUUUUUCAAGUGCCAGAAGUAGUAUCCUGUAUGGUACUAUCAUAUUACUUAAAUAUUGUGUAUUAACAUAAUAUAAAGGUGUUCAUAUAUCUUAAAAAAUAAUAAUAAUAAUUUAGUUUAGUGAAAUUGUUAAAAACACAUGGGUUUAUUUUAUGAAUCUUUAAGAGCCUAUUAACAAAAACAGUACAAUAUACACAUACUGUAUGUAUGUGUACACAGCCACAUUCCAUUUCAGUUUGAAAGAGAUUUAAUAAACAACUUUUUUUGCAGUAUUUCAAAUACAAUGUAAUACUAUCUGAGGUUU